GUCCUCAAAGAAGAAGGGUUUUGUAAGAGACACCGGAUUAAGUCCAAUUCAAAUGUUCCAUGUGUCCCGAAAGACUUGUUGAUGAUGUCAGAAUUAGUUCUUCCACAGUUCAUCUUUAGUCUUAUUCAGCACUUACGAGAGGGAUAUAAUGAGCCUGCUCUUGAUCUGCCGUCAGAGAAAGACCUUCAUAAAAUUCUCCAGGUUUUGGAGCCUCAUGUUUCCUUUCUAGAAGAUUUGACCAAAAUGGGAGGAGCAAUGAGAUCAGUUCUUACCCAGGUUUUGACAAGCCAACAGUUCUACAAAGAUCUUAGCUCUGGUGUUGGAGAGAAUGCAUGUGCAAAGAAAAGUCAUGAAAAGUACCUCAUCGCCUUGAAAGGCUCUGGAUUGGCAUUUCCUGAGGAUAAAAUUGCGUGUGGUAUGCAGGAACAAGGAGCUGGAACUAGCACAUUAGCUGUUCAAGGUUUAGCAGGUGCUACGGCAACAUCAGGACAAGGGGAUUCUUCAGAUGAGGAGGACCAGGAUGGUAGCCAAGGUGUGGGAAAGCGCAAGAGGGUGAAACUAAGCAGCACCACCAAAGAUCAAUCUAUCAUGGAUGUUUUGAAGCAUAAAUGUUUUCUAGAAGAAUUAUUAUUUUGGACAAUAAAAUAUGAAUUUCCACAGAAGAUGGUGACUUUCUUACUCAACAUGCUCCCAGAUCAAGAUUACAAGAUUGCUUUUACAAAAACUUUUGUUCAGCAUUAUGCAUUUAUUAUGAAAACACUGAAGAAAAGCCAUGAAUCAGACACAAUGUCUAACAGAAUUGUGCAUAUCAGUGUUCAGUUGUUCAGCAAUGAAGAACUGGCACGCCAAGUAACAGAAGAAUGCCAACUGCUGGAUAUUAUGGUCACUGUUCUGUUGUACAUGAUGGAAAGUUGCCUUAUUAAAAGUGAAUUGCAAGAUGAAGAAAAUAGUUUACAUGUGGUGGUGAAUUGUGGGGAAGCACUACUGAAGAAUAAUACUUACUGGCCCCUGGUUAGUGAUUUUAUAAACAUACUUUCACACCAAAGUGUGGCAAAGAAAUUUUUGGAAGAUCAUGGUCUUUUGGUAACAUGGAUGAAUUUUGUAUCAUUUUUUCAAGGUAUGAAUUUGAAUAAAAGAGAAUUAAAUGAGCACGUGGAGUUUGAAUCACAGACAUACUAUGCUGCCUUUGCUGCAGAGCUGGAAGCCUGUGCCCAGCCAAUGUGGGGGCUUCUGUCACACUGCAAAGUUAGGGAAACACAGGAAUACACACGAAAUGUUGUCAGAUACUGCCUUGAAGCACUUCAGGACUGGUUUGAUGCUAUCAACUUUGUAGAUGAGCCAGCUCCUAACCAAGUUACUUUUCAUUUGCCGCUGCACCGUUACUUUGCCAUGUUUCUGAGUAAGGCUGUCAAAUGCCAAGAACUAGAUCUGGAUACUAUCUUGCCAGAUCAGGAGAUGCUGAUGAAACUAAUGAUUCACCCACUUCAGAUUCAGGCAAGUCUGUCUGAAAUUCACAGCAACAUGUGGGUUAGAAAUGGUCUACAAAUUAAAGGACAAGCCAUGACUUAUGUGCAGUCUCAUUUCUGCAAUUCAAUGAUUGAUCCUGACAUUUAUCUGCUGCAAGUCUGUGCCUCUAGGCUGGACCCAGAUUAUUUUAUUUCGUCUGUUUUUGAAAGAUUUAAGGUGGUAGAUCUGUUAACAAUGGCAUCACAGCAUCAAAAUACAGUUCUUGACUCGGAGCACGAAAGAUCCAUGUUGGAAGGAGCCUUAACAUUUUUGGUCCUUCUCUUAAGCCUUCGUUUACAUUUAGGAAUGACAGAUGAUGAGAUCCUCAGAGCAGAGAUGGUAGCCCAACUCUGUAUGAAUGACAGGACACACAGUUCAUUGUUGGAUCUCAUUCCAGAAAACCCCAAUCCUAAAAGUGGUAUUAUUCCAGGAAGCUUAAGCUUUGAAUCAGUCCUGUCAGCUGUUGCUGAUUUUAAAGCUCCUGUUUUUGAACCCGGAGGUUCCAUGCAGCAAGGAAUGUAUACACCUAAAGCUGAAGUUUGGGAUAAGGAAUUUGAUCCUGUCAUGGUGAUACUUCGAACAGUUUACCGCAGAGAUGUGCAGUCUGCAAUGGACAGAUACACAGCAUUUUUAAAGCAAAGUGGAAAAUUCCCUGGAAAUCCAUGGCCUCCUUACAAGAAGAGAACACCUCUACACCCAAGUUACAAAGGUCUCAUAAAGCUUUUACACUGCAAAACCCUGCACAUUGUGCUCUUCACACUUCUCUACAAGAUAUUAAUGGAUCACCAGAAUUUAUCAGAGCAUGUGCUUUGCAUGGUUUUGUAUUUGAUUGAGCUGGGGUUGGAAAAUUCUCCAGAACAAGAAUCAGAUGAAGAG